UGUAAUUUUAAUUAGAGCUCCAGAGAAUCUUAUCAUCAAGCCUUGUGCUACAAAGUCGUCGUGGAACCCCGCCUGCAACAGGCUCGCUCUGCUUGACAAAAGUUUGUUGGGCAAAUUGUAUAUGAAUUCCGUACAGACGAAAUUGAGACAUCAGUUGUGAGUGAAGACGAGGAUCAUAUGUGACCCAUACAGUGUCGACGUUGACCGCUUGGUGGCUCGUGUUUAUAAUAUAGACUGUUUGUCACAUCUUUCGCCGCAUGUUAUCCAGAGCAUUUGCUUGCUUUCCAUUGCGAAUCCUCUGCUUGAGUGUGCGAUCGAAUCUCGUGAUCAUCAACUUGGCACUGUCAAUGCUGAGAACUUCUUCACGAACACCAACUGAUCCCGUCUGAGGCCUUCAGUUCGAUGCCCAACUGUCCACAACUUUAUUACAAGCAACAGUCAGUCGGAGAAACUCGGCAAUGGCAGGGUCAAGCUUGAAAGUUUCGGAGCAUGUAACAACACCUGGUUCCGAGACGGGUUGUGUUUUGGGUGUCAAGGGAUGGGUGCUGCAUCAGCGCCGACUGAACUCAAUCAUGCUUGUGGUGGUGGUGGCGGUUCUCUUCUCGUCACCUCUUCCCACCGAGGCUGUCAAUCGAACGAUUUUCUCACCUGUCCAGUUGGAUGCUCUGCAAGCCCUUUUGGCGGCAUGGAGCAAAACCACUCCCGACCAGCGAAACAAUUUGGGUGGCUGGAAUUCUUCCCAAAUCUUCCCUUGCUGGCAGAUUUAUAAGAACCCUGACAAUAUUCCUAAUUGGCGAGGAGUGCAGUGUCUUGAGAAUAUCAAUUGUAAUGACACAAAUGAUUGCAGUGGUUAUAUCGUUGGCCUGACCCUCAACAAUGCAUCCAUCUCAGGCUAUUUGCCGCCGGAGAUCGGAAACAUCACCACUCUGACUACGCUAGAAUUGACUGGAAAUCAAAACUUAACUGGACCUCUGCCCCCAGAAAUCCAAGAUCCAUAUCUGUAUAUUCUAGAUCUCCACGACAAUGGGUUUAACGGAACUCUUCCAGAUGUACCAUACCUCUACACGCUUUUAAAUUUAGAUCUGAGUGGCAAUCAAUUUGUUGGGGGAUUUUUUCCUCAAAUCCGCAGCUUGGUUUAUCUUCAGACACUCAAGCUCGCCAGGAACCACUUCAACGGCAGCAUAUCUGGAGAUGCCUUCGUAAACAUGACGCAGUUGGAAUUACUGGACUUAUCUGUGAACAACCUCACUGGACCUCUGCCAGAUCUCACUACAUGCCAGCGCCUACAGUCUUUGAUAUUGUCGAACAAUAGCUUCAAUGGGCCACUGCCUAACCUGACAAGGUUCACUUCUUUAAGAACUCUGAAAUUGGACUAUAACAAUUUUACUGGAGAAUUUCCAUUCGCCUCACUUAAAAACGCAGGCAUCGUGAGCAGCAGUCUUUCUGUGCUUCACGUAUCCGGCAAUCACGUGAUAGGAACUGUUACAGGCUGGAACGGCUCAGAUCUGGCUUCUCUUGAGGAACUGUAUCUAGAUAACACUGGCAUCAGUGGAACUCUUGACGUCAAUCAACUUAUUGGGAGCCACUUCUUUCGGAGGAAGUCUGCUAUUGGAUCAUACGGGCUAAGCACUCUGUCAAUGAUGAACAACAAAAUUACCCAUGUAAUUUACACGGGAAGCAUUGAAGACAUUGCAACUACUUUAAGACUGCAAGGCAAUCCAUACUGUAAACGAAAAGCUGAUGAUGCUACAAGAUGUUUUUGUCAACAGUUCUGCAGUGAUGAAGGUUCCUUGAGUAACAAGAGGGUUAUCAUAAUAGCAGCUGCCACAAGUACAGUAUUAGUACUGGUCAUAAUAGCAGUUAUUGCUGCUGCGCUACUCUACAGAGCCCGAAGAUACAAACGGUAUCUCCUCCUUCAAGUUAGCAAAAAAUUCGAAGAGUUUGAUGUCAAGCCCACAAUAUAUGCAUACAAUGAGCUCAGAGCUGCCACCCGGGAUUUUCAUCCAGAUAUGAAGUUGGGUGAAGGAGGCUAUGGAACCGUAUACAAGGGCAUUCUGCCAAAUCAGACUACGGUGGCUGUGAAGCAGCUGUUUAUGAAGAACACACAGUGCAUAGACGACUUUCUAAACGAAGUUGUCUGUAUCACUGGAAUGAAGCACAGAAACCUUGUGAAUCUGAGAGGCUGCUGCCUUCGUGAACACCAGAGAUUGCUGGUAUACGAGUAUGUGGAUAACUACGAUGUCGACCAAGUUCUUCUCCGUGGUGAACAUAAUACUCUCCUGAGUUGGACUGUUCGGCAUAACAUUUGUCUGGGUGUAGCGCGUGGCUUGCACUACUUACAUUCACUGGCGCGACCCAAAAUCAUCCAUAGAGAUAUCAAAGCCAGCAACAUCUUGCUAGACAAGAACUUCGAGCCGAAAAUUGCAGAUUUUGGGUUAGCCUUGCUGUUUCCGGAAGAGAAGAGCCACAUCAUGACAGUACAUGUGGCUGGCACCAAGGGGUAUUUGGCACCGGAAUAUGCGUCGCUUGGCCAACUGAGUGAGAAAGUGGACGUCUACAGCUUUGGAGUUCUGUGUUUGGAGGUUUUGAGUGGCCGAAGGAACAUUGAUGAGACAAUGCCACUAGACGAAGUCUAUCUCUCCAAAUGGGCUUGGAAACUGCAUUCGGAGGGCAAGCUGAUGGAGCUGGUAGACCCAGCACUAAUCCUUUCAGAGGGUGAGAAGGUAGAAUUGCAGCGGCUGAUCAACAUAGCUCUCCUGUGCUCUCAAAGCGCUGCAGAGGACAGGCCCACCAUGGCCAGGGUAGUGACCAUGUUGCAGCACGACACAGAGUCGGAGGUGAUGGUGCUGACCUCGAGAAAGAAAGAGCGGCAGCUUGACUCGUUGCGGUUGCUUGGAUUGGGCAAGGAGGAGCUGACCGCGGUUUCAGAAACAGAAGAAUCAGAGGCAUCGGUGUUGAAUCCUCGUGGUCCUAGACGAGGAUCGGUUCGUCGUGAUGGGGAUCAUCUGAUCACCGUCGAGGGGAUGAUUCAGCUCAGUGACAUGAGACCCAGAUGAUAACUGUAUCAGAGAUAGUUUUCCAGCUUUCUGUAAGACUUUUUCCUUUUUAGAGUGGAUGCAUUAAAUUCAUUUGUGUUGAGAAUAUUUAAGAGAGAGACAAGAGUAACUAGAAGUAAUGUGGACACAGAAGGGGAGAAGAUAAGCAAUUCCUCCCCACUACAUUCCAAACACUAUAGCUGCAAUAUUUACUAAAAAUACUUGGACUAUAAUAAAUAGCAUGGAGAGUGUCAAUAUUUACUAUAAAUAUGUCGACUAUAAUAAAUAGCAUGGAAAGUAUCGGCUAUAUUUAAUGCCUUCCACAA